UUAGGGGAACUGCUCGUAGUAGUACUGACAACGUAUAAAUUUUAAAAAUUUAUGUUGUAUAAAAAGAUUUUGUAACUUAAUUCUAUAAUUAUAAUUGAUUGUUUUAAAGUGUGUCACUGCCAUAUUCAAAAUUUAUUCCAAAAAUUGUUAUCAAUUUUACCAAACAUAAAAUGGAUAUUGUUUAGAGCCAAAAGACUUUCUCUGAAAGUUAUCGGAUUAAUUUAAAUAUCGCGCCAUAUCUCACAAUAUGACAACCACAAAACAAACAGAAAUUGAAUUAACGGCUAAGCCUGUUGCUUCCGUUGAUAAGAUCGAGUUAAAGCGAAAAAUAACACUGAUUAAUGGUGUCGGUAUAAUUGUUGGAACAAUAAUUGGAUCUGGAAUCUUUAUAUCACCUUCUGGAGUCUUCCUGUACACCAAAUCUGUCGGAGCAUCGCUUUGUGUUUGGGCUAUAUCAGGUAUAUUUUCGACAUUAGGAGCAUUAUGUUACGCGGAACUAGGGACGUGCAUCAGUCGAUCUGGUGGAGAUUAUGCCUACAUAUACGCGGCGUUCGGUCCACUACCGGCAUUUCUUAGGUUGUGGAUUGCUUUACUUAUUAUCAGGCCAACAACGCAGGCUAUAGUGGCACUAACUUUUGCAGCUUAUGCUGCGAAACCAUUUUUCCAGGAGUGUCAGCCUCCUGAAAAUGCGGUCCGACUUCUAGCUGCUAGUUGUUUAUGUUUGUUGACUGCAGUGAAUUGCUUGAGUGUCCGUUGGACUAUGAGAAUACAAAACGUCUUUACGGCUGCUAAAUUGUUUGCAUUAGUUGUUGUCAUAAUAGCAGGAGUUUACCACAUGGGAACAGGACAUUUAUCUAAUUUUUCGAAUGCUUUUGACGGAGAUUACGAUUUGUACAGUAUCGCCUUGUCUUUCUAUUCUGGGCUCUUUGCGUUUGGUGGAUGGAAUUACUUGAAUUUUGUUACAGAAGAACUACAAGAUCCGUACAAGAAUUUGCCUCGUGCAAUUUGGAUCGCAAUGCCGCUAGUGACGGGCAUAUAUGUCCUUGCAAAUCUUGCCUACUUUGCGGUGGUUAGUCCUGAAGAAAUGGCCGUUACGCCAGCAGUGGGAGUUGCUUUCGGCAACAGGAUGUUUGGCCCUAUGGCUUGGUGCGUACCUGUUUUUGUUGCUUUGAGCACAUUUGGUGGAGUAAAUGGAAUACUUUUCACUUCUGCGCGAUUAUUUGUAACAGGAUCGCAAGAAGGACAUUUGCCUGUAGCACUAUCUUUGAUUCACGUGCAGAAACGAACGCCGAUUGUGUCACUACUUGUUACGUGCGCCAUGUCAUUAGUAAUGCUGUUAACAUCGGACAUCUUUCUCUUGAUCAACUAUUGCAGUCAAAUACUAUGGUUGUCAGUAGCAGCUAGCAUAGCUGGUUUAUUGUAUUUGAGACAUUCCAGGCCUGAUAUGCAACGACCCAUACGAGUCAACUUAGCGUUGCCCAUAUUGUUUUUGAUGUGUUGUGUAUUUCUGGUCAUCGUUCCAGCAAUUGCUGAACCAGUAAAUACACUCAUUGGACUUGGAAUAACUCUUUCUGGCAUACCUGUAUAUUAUCUAUGCAUUAAAUGGAAGAACAAGCCUGAUUGUUACAAUAAAAGCUCUGAAAAUGUUAUUAUGUUCUUACAAAUGCUGUUCAAUUCUGCUCUGGCUGAGACGGAAGAAAAAUUAUCUACUUAA